AUGACUCGAAGAUUAUGGCAUGAAUGUUCUACAUGUAAUACUGAAAACGAUCUAAAAGUUUUUGUUCGAGAAAAAAAUGUUUGUACACAUCGUACUGAAGAACUUAGAAGUGGUGUAGCUAUAACAUAUAAAUAUUCAGAGUAUAGAAAAUAUCCACAAUGUCGUUAUCAAUUGAAAGCCAAACAGUUAGAUGGAAAAUUUACAGUUUUUGAAUCUGAAUUACAUGAUCAUAGUCAAAGACAAGAAAAUAAUCGUCUUAAAUCACCAAUUCGUACUGCUGUGCAAGAAAUGACACAUACAGGUUUAACACAAGGUCAGAUUCGUAAAGCUGUAUCAGGAUUGCAUCCUAAUUUAACAAUUGAUACAAAAAUUAAAAAUGUGGUACAAUAUACACGUCAGCAAACCCGUACACAGAUUAUUUCUGUUGAUGAUUUACAAUUAUGGUGUAAGGAAAGAAUUAAUUGUCCACCAGCUGACCAAUUGCAUCAGGAUUUUGCACCAUUUUAUGAAGUAAAAGAUAUUGGUAAUAUAUUUGUGUGUAUCCCCACUCGUCAACUACUAUCAACUACCAAAUGUUCUUCAGUGUUGGCUGUCGAUUGUACGUACAAAGUCACAUGGAAUAAUUUACCAAUACUCAUAUUUGGUACAUCAGAUUAUAAGCGUCAUUUUCAUCCAAUUGGCUUAUGCUUGGUAUCAUCUGAUGAAGCUGCUUCAACAUAUAAAACAUUAUUUCAAGGUGUUCCUACAUGGGCGUCUAAUAUUAAUCAACAAACAUAUUUGAUAUCACAUGUGAUGGAUGAUGGAGCUACAGGUAUUACAAGUGCAAUGUCAGUUAUACCACAAAGUCGUAGAUUAAUGUAUUGGGCACAUAUGAUUAGAAAAUGUCGUGAACAUAGAAAAUUGAUACCAAAUGAAAAAAAAUGGUUAAAUGUUGAAAAAGAUAUUGUUAAUUUACAAUUAUGUUUUCAAGAUAAUUUGUUUAAUCAAGCAGCAAGUUUGUUGUUAGCAUCAUCAACAAAUAAUGGUCUCGAAUCAUUAAAUGGCAAAAUUAAACAAUCAUAUACAAUGAGAAAUAAAUUAUCGUUGGCCACAUUUCUACAGACAGCAGAACCUGAUUUGGAAUCAAAGGCACAUCAAUGGUCACAGAAGAUUGAUCAAAGUCAAAUUAUUCGAUUAAGUAAUACCGGUUAUGUGAUACCAACUACAAAUUCAACAAUGAAUACAAAUGUAUGGCUUCAACAGUAUUAUACAAUGUCAUGGAAUUCAUAUGAUGAAUAUAUUAGCUGGUUUAAUUCAGGGCAUUUAGUCGAUUUUUCACGUAUAACGGCUCCUUGGUACUGUACAUGUCGUUUUGGUCAAAAGGAAUAUUCAUGUGUUCAUACAAUCGGUUUAAUGAUUAUAUGGGGUUUUAAAACUGUUCCACAAAUAAUUGGUCAAAGAAAAGGAAAAGUUCUGGUUCUGUUGGUAGUCGUUGUUGUCGUUGGUUUAUAUUUAUUAUUCAAACACCUUUGGGAAUCAACAACAACAACAACUACAACUACACCACUACCUGCUGCAAAUGAAUUUAAAAUUAUACAGAUGGAAGAAAUAAAAGUUGACGAGGAAGAUGAAGACGAAGAUGAUGUGUGA